GCACGCGAAGGAGGCGAUGCACCUCAUUUCACCGGUCGCGUGGCCCCGUCGCGAUGGUACGAAACGACAUACUCGGUAUCUUCGACCUAGAUGAUGGAAUCUGGUGUUUCUUUGAUGAUUUCUAUGGUGCUGUUGAUGAAUGUGACGAUGGUGGUGCAAGAUGUGCGGAUAGCUUCAAUUUGGACGAAGCGCGACCGAAUCACAACAGACGAGGUUAAGGACUGGGACCAUGUGCGCGAUAUCUGGGCCGCAACACGCGAUAAACCGAGUAAAAAGUGCAUCGGACGAUGGAGAAAAUUUCAAACAACAAAAUGAUAGGAUCAGUGCGAGAUGGAACCGAGAGUCAGAGGCAAGAUGGCGGAUGCGACGGACGGCAUUGGCGGUCGGAGGUGAAGACGAAGAUGGGCGAUGAUGCAAAAACCGGG